AUGGGGAAAUGGGAGCUGACUAUGAACCCAGUGCAGGAGUGGGGCGAGGAGUUCGAGGACGGCGCCGUGUACGGGGUCACCCUGCGCCGGGAGCCCGCCCCCCCCUCCGCCCCCCAAACCGACGAUGCCAAUCCCUCCUGCGCCUUCGUCCAGUACCGGACCUGCAAGGUGCGGCGCCUGAAGGCCGCCACGCUGGAGCUGCUGGUCAACCACCUGCUGGACCCGAGCUACCAGGAGCAGGACUACAGCAAGAUCUUCCUCUCCACGUACAGGACGUUCACCAGCAGCUCCACGCUCAUAGAGCUGCUCUUCCAAAGAGACGGUGCUGCGUCAGACCUGGACAACUGUGAACACUACAGGAGCCCUCUGCUAGCCUUCAUCCAGACGUGGUUGGAUGAGUUCAGCGAGGACUUCCGGGACCCCCCCCGGCACUCGGCCCUCCGGCUGCUGCUGGACCACCUGAGCAUCAGCUCCGCGGUGCUGGACAACAUGCGCAGCCAACCCAACUUCUGCUCGUUGGCCGGGCAAGCGGAGGCGCUGCUUAAGAGCUUCCAGAGAGAAGAACCGGAGACAGACGUCGGUUCUGCUCUGGCGGAUCUGGAUCAGGAGGCCGAGGGAUCUGGUGAGGACGAGGAUUCAGGAUGUGAAAACUCUCUGGAUUCAGGAGGGAUCCUGGAUUUCUCUGCUGCCGCCGUUGCCGAACAGCUCACCCGCGUGGAUUCUGCUCUGUUUGUCCGAGUGGUUCCGUACCAGUGUCUGGGCUGCGUGUGGUCCCAAAGAGACAAGAAGGAGAACAUGUCUCCCACCAUCCGGGCCACCAUCUCCCAGUUCAACGCCGUCACCAGCCAGGUGAUCAUGUCUCUGCUCUGCCAGCCCACGGACGCCACCUCCAGCCCCACCUCCUCCUGCCUCCCCCCCACUACUCCUGCACAGAGGGCCCGCUUCAUCGAGAAGUGGAUCCGAGUAGCACAGGAAUGUCGUCGGCUGAAGAACUUCUCGUCUCUCCGAGCGAUUCUGUCGGCGCUUCAGUCCAACGCCGUCUACCGGCUGAGAAAGACCUGGGCGGCUGUCAGCAGAGAGAGCAUGGCCACGUUCAAUAACCUGUGGGAGACUUUCCCUGACGAGAACUGUGUCCUCACCAACAAAGAGCUGCUGGGGGAGGACUCGAGUCAAAAGUUCACCUCUGCCAGCGUGGAUAACAUUUCUCCAAAGAUAUCCAAGAGGUGUCCGAUCGCCAGACAGAUGAGUUCUUCCAGUGGAGUGGUCCCGUACCUGGGGACGUACCUGACCGUCCUCACCAUGCUGGACACGGCUCUGCCCGACACCGUGCAGAGUGGACUCAUAAACGUGGAGAAGAGACGAAGGGAGUUUGAGGUUCUGUCUCAGAUCCGUGUGCUGCAGGCGUCCUGCUCCCAGGACAACCUGCCUCAUCACCCCCGAGUCGCUGCCUGGCUGCAGGGACACCGGCUGCUCACCGACCAGGAGAGCUACGAAGUGUCGAGGCAGCUGGAGCCUCCGGUGGACGUCUGCUCUCCGACUCUGUGGUCCGGCCACCGCACGCUCAGCAAGAAACUCUCCAGUCUCCUGACGCCGAGCGAUGGGUCGAAGAAAGUCCCGGCCGACCAGAUCAGCGUCUCCUCCUCUGGAUCCAGUGGAUCUGAGAUGGAGGAUCUCUCCUCCCCGAACCCGGCCUGUUCCAUCAGACGGCAGUCCUUUCACAGCUCCUGCAACGACGUGUCCGAGCCCUUCUCCUUGUCCUCCUCGGCCUCCUCCUGCUCGGCCUCCUCCUCCCCGUGCUCCUCCGCCGCCUCUUCUCCAGACUCUCCCGAUCCCUCUGGCCCACCCUGCGACCCCCCCGCCUCGUCAUGCAGCAGCGGGGGUGCACGGCCGAAGUCGUCCUUGGCCUCCCACCACAAACGCUCCGUGUCCAUGACCUCGCUGCCCGUGUACAACCGGCAGGUGGCCGACACGUGCAUCGUCAGGGUGAGCGUGGACUUGCCCACAAGCAACGGCAACAUGUACAAAAGUAUCCUGUUGACCAGUCAGGACAAAACUGCUCAUGUGAUUCAGAGGGCGUUGGAGAAACAUCACCUGGAGCACCUGAGCUGGAAGGAGUUCACCCUGACGCAGGUCAUCUCCCAGGACAGAGAGCUGCUCAUCCCGGACAAAGCAAACGUCUUCUACGCGAUGUCCACGACAGCAAACUUUGACUUUGUCUUACGGCAAUUCCCCAAAGGCCAGAAGAAGCCGCUGAGGGCCACGUCCAGCCUGGGGCGAUAAACAAAGUAGUUCCGAGGGUCUGGAGGAGCGUCUAGAGCUCAGAGGACUUUCCCUGAAGAUUAGUCUCACUUUUUAAACAGAGGAAACUUUUUUAAAUGUGACGGACAAGACGAUGCAGAAGCACUUUAUGAAGAGGAAGCAGCCGAAACUGAUGAAGCUGAAGAGAAACGCCUGGAUCAGACUUGCUUUUAUUUCCUGUUGGAAUAAACUGGGCAUGAAUCCGACCAUCAAACCAAAGAACUCCUUGAUUUCCUUGAGUCCGCUGCUCGAUGUCACUUCAUUUUGUCGUUGCUAUGACAACGUGGACAGAAACGCCGUCCAUCAAAGAGCAACACGUGCUGACA